AUGAUGGGCCUGGCGGUGUGGAUUGCAGUCGGUCUGGCAUAUCGCUUCUUCACGGAACUGCAUGCUUUCAGAAAGCUGGUGCAUGAAGAAAUCGAUACAGGCACCUGGCCGCUCCAGGGUGGAGGCGAAAUCCAUUUGCCACACCCGAGUGUUGCCUGCUACUACGUCUUCGAGCUUCGCUGGAUGACCUACCGGCAUUGUUUCGAUAUCCUCGUGCUUAUGACUUUCACGAGCGUGGACCUUCUAGUCUGCAUUCUUGA